AUGCCCUCCCCCGCAGCAGCCAAAUGGCCAGCAGCUCCCCCCGACCACCUUGCGUUACCCUCCGCCUACCCGUCCCAGCCUCACAGCAAUGACUACCGCCAUCUUCCGGACACCCUCGGCGUGGUCUACGGCGAUGCUGCCUGCUCUCCGAAUGGAAAGUGCGACCACUUGCGUGUCUGCGCGCAGCGCCACUGUGGUGGCAGCGGCGGCGGCUGCAGCGGCGCGCGGGGGCGGCGGCGGCGGCCAGAGAGCUCCGCCGGGAAGACAGCACAGUCGACGCGCCGCCGCCGCCUCCGCCAGCGCUGCCGGCCAGCCCCGGCACGCAAAUUAAGGGGGAUCAGCCGGGCCGGCGCCCGUUUUUCCGUCGCGGCCGCCGCCAGUCGCCGGGCGGACGCCGCCGCCGCCGAAGCCACAGCGGCGCCGCUCCCAACCGCAGAACGCAACGCCGCUCCGCAAGGCAGCUUUGUACUGUGGGAUGUAAACCAGGAUAUGAAGCUUCCAACUCUUCCUGUCCGCCGCAGCAUCCACAUCAAGACAAAUUUCAUCAGUUUUCUCCAGCUCUACAACAUUUCUGCUCAUUCCAGAUCACAGGUGCAGACCCACGCGCCGCCUACCAGGCGGGAUGCAAAAGACACCGGCAUGCAGUCUACAAGAGUCUCUGGAUGUAAAUCUUUCAGAUCGACAACAGAUAUGAUAGCCGAGAAGAAAACGAAAUUGGAUCCAGGAACGUCGGAAGAAACGGCCCAGAGAGCUAAGUCUGCACAGAAUGGGAGAAGAGUUCCUGGCACGGUUCUACCCGGCUAUACCCAAGUCUAACGCCUCAACACAAGCGUACGUCAGCGACCUGUGAUACGGAGGCGGAUUAUCAGUGUGGUGAAUUGAUGAAACUAUGCACAAUGAAUUGUGACUAGGUGCAACAGCUACAAGGGAUGGAAGGCCGCAAUCCUCAAAAUCUGUUUUAUUAUCUUAUUGAUAUGACUGAGCUGUGUGAUUAAAUUUUAUGUUUUUGUUUCA